AUGGCCUCGUAUGUAGCUUUAUAUGGAAGGAAAUGUAGAACAUCUAUCGGAUGGUUCGAGGUUGGAGAAUCUAAGCUAAUAGGACCAGAGUUGAUCCAGCAGGCAGUUGAUAAGUCAAGCUUAUUCAAGAAAGGCUAUUGGCUGCUCAGAGUCGCCAGAAGUCUUAUGCAAAUCGGCAACGAGAUUUGGCGUUUUUCAGAUAAGCGAUUGGGUGUUCCUAAAGAUAUCACCAAUAAAGGUUGUUAUGAGGUUCGGUGUAUCAAAUAUCCUUCUAGAGUGGUACCUAUUGAUGACGUUCAGAUUACUGAGCAACUAUCAUAUGAGGAAGCACCUAUUGCCAUCUUGGAUCGACAGGUUCAUAGGCUGAGAACCAAGGAUGUGGCAUCGGUGAAGGUACUAUGGAGAAACAAGAAUGUUGAGGAGAUGACUUGGGAAGCUGAGAAAGAUAUGAAGUCUAGAUAUCCUCAUUUACUUCCGACUCCAGAGCAGAUGCAAACUACAGCACAAGCGUCUUCAGAUAUGUAUUAUUUACCUGUUACUCUUAUUGGUCGUGAGGGGCCAUUGUUGUUAUUAAUUUUUUUGGCCCCAUGUGGCAUUUUAUGGUUUGGAUUGCUAUGUGGCGAGUUGGUAGUGGUAUAG